CAUUCUCAUAAGAAAACAUAAACUUCAAUUUUUUUUUAUUACUUUCAAAACUCACCUCUAAGCUCUAAGAAACAAUAACACAAACAGAUUCAAGGCAUGUUCGCUAAGAAGCUUACUACGGUAAACCCCUUCGCAAAGAAGCGUUCGCAGCACGUCGUCGUUUCAUCGACGUCAAACGCGAAUACGAAGAAGCUAUGGAGGCUUCCGCAUGUUUUCGCCAGAAUGCUCGAGCUUCCUUUUCCUUCCGACGCCGACGUUUCGAUCGAAGAAACAACGCAGUUUUUCCGAUUCGUUGCUUCAUGCAACCAGACGAAUAUUUUUAAUUCCGGUGGUGUGCGUGCUCACGCAAUCGAGAUUCUUCCGGGGAUAACUAAAAUCGUGGUUAAGAGAUUCGAUGGUGGUGAUGUAGUGGUGGCAGGUCAGAAGGAGAGAGGGUCUUCUUUUAGUGUUGAUCUAUGGCGGUUUCGGCUUCCGCCUUGCACGCAGCCGGAGAGAGUUACCGCCGUUUGCACCGGUGGGAAGCUGGUAGUGACGGUUCCGAAAAUCAAAGGAUAGAAUGAGUACACGAGAGGCAUGCGCUUUACGCUAUAGUAUGUAUAUAUUCCAGUUUAGAGGCUAAAUUCAUCACAGGACUCACAUAGUCACACAUAUGAAUUUAUAACAUGUAUGUGUGUAUAUGUAUUUGGCCUCUUUUUUCAUUCUAAAUAAAACAAAGAUUUCAUGCCAUAUAAACUUA